UCAGUAUCAGUAUUCGCGCGGCACGCGCUGAGAUCACUCGUGUUUGAUAGUACACGCCGCUCGCUACGAAACUUUCGCGCGUAAAAGUUGCGAAGUUAUUAUAUCGGAGUGAAUUAUUUUUGAAUCGUGUAAAUAAGUGUUUACUACAUUGUACUAUAUGUGUUAAUGUGUUUUUCAAGACGCUAGGUCGGAGUGUGGCCGAAUUUCACCGCGUACAAUGCCAUCAUAACCUAAAAACUCUACAAUGUGAGCAGACUACAUGGUUUCACUACACCAUGACACCAAUAACGAUACCUUCAACGCCACCGAACUAUCGAACUAUACGGAGUACGCAGAGAUACCGUAUUACAUAAAAGCAACGUCUAUGACUUUCUGCAUAGUGAUCAUGUGUUUAGGAGUGAUAGGGAAUGUGAUGGUGCCAAUAGUGAUACUGAAGACGAAGGAUAUGAGGAACUCGACGAAUAUAUUCCUGAUGAACCUGAGUAUCGCGGAUUUGAUGGUGCUGCUGGUGUGCACGCCGACGGUGCUGGUGGAGGUUAACUCGAAACCGGAGACGUGGGUGCUGGGGAAGGAAUUAUGCCUGGCCGUCCCAUUCGUAGAGCUGACAGUAGCUCACGCCUCCGUGCUGACCAUCCUAGCCAUCAGCUUCGAGCGCUACUACGCUAUCUGCGAGCCACUCCGCGCUGGCUACGUCUGCACCAAGACCCGAGCCACACUCAUCUGCGCUCUGGCUUGGUUCUUCGCCGCUCUGUUCACUAGUCCCAUCCUGGGCAUCGCGGAGCACACGGAGGACUGGGGCGACGAGGGCACGCACUCGCGCUGCCUCACGCCGGCCCGCACCCCCUGGCAGAUCAGCUUCUUCCUCAUGGUCAUCGUCUUCCUCUACUUCCUCCCCCUCAUUAUCCUGAUCGUCCUUUACAGCGUCAUUGCCAAAAACCUCGUCACCGCGGCCUCCAAAGUCGUCAUGAAUAAGACUGUCGAUCCCUAUAACGCUAGAGCUAGGAAACAAGUGAUUCUAAUGCUCGGAACUGUAGUCCUAUGCUUUUUCAUAUGCCUUAUGCCAUAUAGAAUACUUAUUUUAUGGAUAAUAGUAACCCCAUCAGAAUGGACUGAGAGUAUGAACCCAGAAACGUGGUACAGUGUCCUUUAUUUCUCUAGAAUAAUGUUAUACAUAAAUUCCGCUAUAAACCCUAUAUUGUACAAUCUAAUGUCGUCCAAAUUUAGAAUAGGUUUCUGUAAAGUGUGCAUCUGUUAUAAAAAGGUAGCUGUUAGAAAUCAAAGCGUGGAAAACAGGGCGAACGGGUCAACGACCAGCAGCAGUUUGACGCGCACGACCAAUAGUUUGAAAAAGUUGUUCCAUAGAGGAAGUUUAGACAAAACUGACACGGUUAAAGUUAAAACUAAUUUCUUUGAUAGGUUAUUGAACAAGAGAUUUAUUAGACAGCAGUCGGAGCCAGUGUGUGGUUCAAAGGUGACUAAGAUAAACAGGAUGCGGAGUGAGGGCAGUAUGGUUGAGGUGGCGACGGUGGAUCGGUCCGAUAUCAUGGAAGAUGUUAGUGUUAUCCGGCCAGAUAUCGAGUUGGAUGGCCGGGGCUCGUUACGGCGCAGCGUACUAAUAAACAGUGCGAAAGCUAAGAGCAUAGAGUGUGAAAGUAAAACAUUGAGGCAUAAAAUAAAAGUGGACUGCGUGGUAAAGUCGAGGAGUGUCCCCAUCCUCGGCGUAGCUACCUUCACCUACGAGGUCUAUGAAGAUGGCUCGGAACACCCCGUGUGCCUCACCCAGGCCGACACCUUCUGGUCGGCCCUCUUCUUCAUCCUCACCAUCGCCGUCUUCUUCAUAGUUCCCCUCGGCGUGCUGCUCGUCCUCUACAGCGUCAUCGCUAAAAACCUCAUGGAGAAUCCCGUCAUCAUCGCACAGAACACGAAGAACAACAACAACACAAACAACGUUCUAAGAUAUAGGAAACAAGUCAUCUUAAUGCUGGGAACUGUCGUCUUAUCCUUCUUUCUUUGUUUACUGCCUUUCAAAGCUCUUACACUGUGGAUCAUAGUAUUUCCACCCGAGACAAUAAUGUCGUUAGGUAUAGAUGGGUAUUAUAUACUUUUGUAUUUUUGUAGAGUAAUGCUGUAUUUGAAUUCCGCGAUAAACCCGAUAUUGUACAAUUUGAUGUCGUCGAAGUUUAGAGAGGGGUUCGUAAAGCUGUUAAGAAUAAAUAAGUUGAUGAAUUGUGGGAGGAGCUUGAGAGAGAAUAUGCAAAGGAAAGAUACAUUUAAUACGACUACCUCAACUGGAUUCUCAAGCAGUCAACAGAAUUCAGAUUCUUUCUGGAGGAGAUAUAGUAAUAGGACGAGCUCGCAAAAGAAUAUCAUUAAAGACACUAAGAAGAAAAAAGAGUCAGAGCCUAAUGUCCAACAGUUAAAAGUAGGAGAAAUUAUCAAUGUCGUAAACACAAGACGCAAUAGCAUGCAGUUCAUAUCCGCCAUGAAUGAAAUUAACGAUAAUAAAGUAGAAGUAGAAGUACAUGAACAUAACUGCCAAGACGAAGACACUGCCAGUGAGAACAAUAAACAGAUACAAAUAUUGAACCUAGAUGUUAAGACAAAUAACGUGUAUUCUAUAACUCUAGAUGUAACAGAGAAGAGUGAAGGCAAGAAUAGGUUUGUCUGUGUACCGGUCCAAGAUAUGGAGAACAAAAAUAUAUUUGUAUACGACUUUAAAAGUAAAGAAAGUUUUGUGUAAGUAAGGAUAGAGUUAGUUUUUGUAUAAAGUCUAGGUCACAACUUUUAGUAAUUUAUUGAUAAUUUAAUUUUCGAAUACAGAUUACUGAGGGGUUUUUAAAGGU